AUGAGUCUGGCCUCGCUAUGGGAGGCAUGCAUGCAAGUGUUCGACGUUGUCGUGACUGCCCAGCGUUACAGCUGGGAUUGCGAGGUGGCUCGCGUGAAGCUGGACAUAGAACACGCACGGCUCGCCGUGUGGGGAGAGACCGUCGGGCUCACCGACUCUCAGCGCGGUGGGUGCACCGUGGCAUCGACUUCCGCACACGAUGCACGGAUCUCUUCUCAGCCUGCGCCUCGUCAACAUCCACGAUUGAGAGAUCCCAAAGUGGCCAAUGUGGUUCGUGACUCCCUGGGCUGCAUGCACCGUCUGUUCGAAAAGAUGGAGACCUUGCAACGGCGAUACGCACUGCGACAGGACACAGACAGUUCAUUUUCGGCCUCUCCUGAUGUCCUCUUUCCGAGAGCAUGGACCUCAAUCUUCGAAAGGAGGUUCGAUAGCCCCAGAGACUCACGAAUGAACCGCAGAAGUAAAGAGAACAUGACGACGCGCACCCGAUGGGCAGUAUCUGACAAGAAGCGAUUCGAGGAGCUCCUUAGCGACAUAAGAUGGUUCAACGACAGUCUUUGCAAACUCGUCACCGACGAACUGGUGAUGAAGAACGAUCGCCUAUCCAACACUGAGGAGGACGAUGAAGUUGGCUGCCAGAAAGGUCCUCCAGAGGACUUAAGCAGCGCCAAAGAGCGUGUAUCUAUGCUUGAAGAUUGGGUGUCUAUUUCUCCGGAUGAGUCGGACAGUCGCGAAAACCUGUCCUAUUGGCCUAUUCCUGUCGACGAGAAUAACGUAAGGCCGCCCAAGGUCUUCAUCUACAAACACUGA